AUGCAGUUCUCCAUCAUCGCUGUGCUUCUGUCUCUGACAGCCACAUCCAUCGCUGCCCCGGCCCCUGUCCACCAGAAGCGCGCCGACGUGCUGACCUUCCGGACGUACAACAACUUCCAGAUCUCGAAUGGAGUUGCCGGCAAUGCACUGGCGGAGGUCAACCAGGCGUUUCCUGUGGAUCUCUCGAACCCGGCGGCCGUCUCCAAGAACGACCUGGACAUCCUGAUCGCGGCGCGGCAGACGUCGGAGAACGCCGAGCAGGCGUUCAACACGGCCGUGGCGGCGGCCUCGGGCGCCCAGGCCGACGCGCUGCAGGUCGGCAAGAUCAAGAACAAGGUCCUGAAACUACGGACCUUUGAGAUGCUGGUCACGGUGCAGAUCGCCCAGGGCGCCAAGGACCGCGCCGCCCAGCUCACCGACAUCCAGACCAAGCUGGCGGCCAACGUCAAGAUCGACAAGGCGUCGGCCGGCGACGCGAGCAAGAGCGUCAGCUUCACCCAGGAUGUGCAGCCAUAG